AUGGGCGAGAGCCGCGGGGGCGGGGAAACUAGAAGCAGCAGCGAGUGCGAAAUCAAGUCCCCGCGUGGAGUGGUUGACGCCGCCGUGAGGACUGUUGCUGGUUCCGCGGAGCACAUCGCGGGAUCAUCAGAUAGACUCCUCAGCGACGACGGAAGCAGCGUCCCUAGCCGUGACAAUACGAGCGCGCCGUCGUCGUCUUUCCCGCGCGUCGUCGAAGUCGUGACCUUCGCGGAGCCCGGACCUCGCUCCGACGUGCCCGGCAUGCGUCUGCAGCUACAGACGGCCCCCAACCCGCUAGGGCCGCGGUCCAUGGCUCUCGACGGGCUGUCGCGGUACGAGCUGGUCGAGGCGGUGAAGCGGCUCCAGGCGGACCACGAAAACUACAGACGCGAAGGUAAUGACAUCCGCCGCGGCUCGUACGAGGUGAAACAACUCGGCGCGUCGCGUCUCAGUUGCCACAGCCGCAAAGCGCAUCCUGCCACUCUCCGCGUCUCUCCCCUCUGGCCUCACCCGCAUUCUGUCAUCGUCGCGCACGUCACAGCGCACACGUCACAGCGCGCAUGUCACAGCGCGCACGUCACAGCGCAUACGUCACAGCGCGCAUGUCACAGCGCGCACGUCACAGCGCAUACGAACAAGGCGGCGGAGAUGAUGUACGGGUGGCGCGAGGACGAGGCGGUGGGGCGGCCGAUCAUGGAGGUGACGCCGGCGGACACGACGGUGCAGCAGGCGGAGGAGAUUUUUGGCGCGCUCAGCAAAGGGGAGGUGUGGACCGGCGAGUUCCUCGUCAGGCGCAGAGACGGCUCGCCCUUUCCCGCCAUGGUGACGGACACGCCGAUUCUGGAUCCGGCGGGGCAGCUGGUGGGGGUGAUAGGCGUGUCGGCGGACAUCAGCGAUCUCAAGCGCAAGGAGGGCGAGAUCCGCGCGCUCAACGCGGCGCUGGAGGAGCGCGUCGUGGAGCGCACGGAGCAGCUGCAGCGCAGCAACGAGGCGCUGCGGCGAGAGAUUGAGGAGCAUUUGCGCGCGAGGGAGCACCUGCAGCGAUGCAUCGAAGACUUGGAGCAAUCGCGCAGCCGCAUAUCGCAGCAGUCGGCGGUGCUGGAGCGGAUGGUGGCGGAGCUGCGCGAGGCGCGCACGGAGGCUGAAUCCGCGAACCGCCUCAAGUCGCAAUUUCUGGCGUCCAUGAGCCACGAGAUCCGCACCCCCAUGAACGGCGUGCUCGGCAUGACGCGGCUGCUGCUGUCGACGCCGCUGUCGGAGGAGCAGCACGGGUUCGUGGACACGAUUCGCAGCAGCGGCGACGCGCUGCUGGCGAUCAUCAACGACAUUCUGGAUCUGAGCAAGAUCGAGGCGGGCGAGCUGGAGAUGGAGCACCGCGACUUCGACGUCACCGCGUGCGUCGAGGACAGCGUCAACCUGCUCGCGGUGCGAGCCAUGGAGAAGCACAUAGAGCUGGUGAGCGAGGUGGACGAGAGCGUGCCGCGCGUCGUGAGGAGCGACGCGGCACGGCUGCGGCAGGUGCUGGUGAACAUCAUCUCCAACGCCACCAAGUUCACGCACCACGGGGAGGUGCACGUCUCCGUCUCCGCCCACUGCCUCGGCGACUGCCCCGACAUGCUCCAGCCUGCCGCUGCCUGCACACCCGCGCAUGGCGCCGUGCUUGGCCAAGGAGCCACGGAUGCCCCAGCAGAAGACCAGCAGCACUCUGACAGCAGCAGCGGCGGCGGCAGCAGCAACAGUGGGGGCGGGUGGGGCGGCAGGGGUUUGAGAGACACAGGGCGGGGCCUGGGGCCGGGCGAGGUGGAGCAGGCGCUAUCUGCGGGGUACCGGUGGCACCGGCUGGUGGUGCGCGUGCGCGACACGGGCAUAGGGAUCGCCGCGGACCGCCACGACCGGCUGUUCAAGCCGUUCUCACAGGUGGACGCGUCCACGACGCGGCAGUACGGCGGCACGGGGCUGGGGCUGGCGAUCUCACAGCAGCUCGUGGAGCUCAUGGGCGGCCGCAUCUGGGCCGAGAGCGCCGGGCUGGGCCACGGGGCUACCUUCUCCUUCUAUAUCACUGCACUCGCACUGCCCUUCCGCCCCCGCUGCACCCCACGUGGGGUGUGUGUGGGGGAACCUGUUGAGGGCCAUGUGGGGCCUGUGGGGCAGGUGGGGCCUGUGGAGCCUGUGGGGCCACCUAUGCCCCCUGUGCGGCCAUUGGUGCCUGAGGUAGAUGCUCAACCCCCCGGGGCUGUGCCUGCAGGGAAGGCUGGUGAAGGGGUCUCCUCUGCUCCCAAGCUGCUGUUCAGCCGAGCCGCAACAGCCAGCCGCGCCACCACCACCACCACCAACACUGACAGCAGCAGGUGCACGACAGGGGAGCAGUGGGACCGUGACUCUUCACCCCCCCUCCUCUCACCUCGCCGAAUCGCCCGCAGUGCGUCGGUGCCGUGGCAGGGCCCCUCCGCCUCCUCCCCCUGCAUCCCCGCGUGGCUCAUCGACUCGGGCAAGCGCUGCCGCGUGGAGGCUGCUCUGGGGGAGGGGGGAGUGGCUGGUGUGGGGGAGGCGAGUGUGGGCGCGCUGGAGGUGGGGCUCAGCAGGGUGGCCCUGCUGGGGGCAGGUGACGUGGGCAGGCGGGAGCAGGGCGGGGGUGACGCGAGUGUGGCGCUCGCACAGGGAAGUGGGGACGCCACACACAUGCUGCUAGACCAGUGUGACGGUGAUGCCGUCAUGCAGCAGCACAAGCACCAGCAGCAGCAACGCGGUAUGAAAUUCUCCUCCCAUGCGUAUGCUCAUGCGCAUGUCCACCAGGGGAAUUUGAGCAGCAGCCAGCUGGCGUCGCCGCCCGCGUGGGUGAUGGCGUGGCAUGAGACUGCCGCCCGGUGCAGCGGGCGGCAGGCGAUGGUGGUGGUGGCGCACGCAGCGACACGUGGCAUGCUGACGAGGCACCUGCAAGGGCUGGCCACAUCGCACGUCUCACCCCUUCCCUCCUCUGCUGCUUUAGUCCAUUGGUCAUCACCUCACCUUCUCGAAUCCCCCACAUCCCUUGCCCUCCUGCCACCCUCUCAUUCCCAUCUCAUUAUGACUCUCCCUUCUCCCUCCCUCCCACUCCCUUUUCCCCCUCUCCCCUCUCCCCUCUACCCCUCUCCCCCUAAAACCCUCUCCCCUUCUCCCCAUCUCCCCUUCUCCCCACUCUCCCCCUCUUCCCCUUCUACCCCUCCCCAUCCACCACCCCAGCUGCCGCACAUACGAGGAGUGCAGGUGGCGGCGCUGCCCCGCCCAGUGCGCCAGAUCGCCCUCAACCGCCUCCUCUCCGCACUCUUCCCCCCGCCACCACCCCUAUCCCCCCCCCGCCCCACCCUUCCUGCCAACCCUGCCUCCUCCGCCGAACCUUCCGCCGAGCCUGUCACCCAACCUGCUUCCGAGCCUGCCACGAUGGCUGAAAUAGAGGCGCCAGAAGGGGAGUGCAUGGAAGGGAGUGCACAUGGCGCAGCAAAGCGAGGGGCGGCUGGUGCAGUGCAGGGGGGGGUGGCGGGCAGAGCCAAGGGGGUGGCAGACGGGGCGGCGAGCAGGGCAGGUGGCACAAGGGAGUGCAGGGCAGGUGGCGCAAGCGUAAGGGAGUGCGGGGCGGAGCGAGCGGGGUUCCGAGUGGGGCUGGCCGAGGCACAUCCCCUGCGCAUACUGCUUGCGUACGACAACGUGGUGAAUCAGAAGGUAGCAACGAAGAUGCUAGCGCGCAUGGGGUACGAGUGCACCGUCGCCAACAACGGCCAUGAGGCCAUUCUCCGCCUGCAGGCCCACCCCUUCGACCUCGUGCUCAUGGACGUGCAGGUCAGCAGUGGGGAAGUGGAGACAUGCAUAAUGCACGGCACCUCACAACACCCUUGCCCUCCUCUUUCCUCCCCUCCCCCCUCUCUCUCCCCACUUCCCCCUCCCCAGAUGCCAGUACUGGACGGAAUAGAGGCCACGCGCCGCAUUGUCUCUCAGUGGCCUGUGUGGCGCCCUGCCUGCCCGCACCCGCCCAUCUUCGCGCUCACAGCCAACGUGUUGGAGACAGACCGCGUGCGGUGCCUGGCGGCGGGCAUGGAGGGCUUCAUCGCCAAGCCCAUCCAUCUCAACGACCUUGUCCGCGCUGUUGAAUUCGGCAGUAACCGCCGCCGCCAGCAGGAGCAGCAACGGCAGGAGCAGGAGCGGGAGGAGCAUGGAGAGAGUUGA